AACAGUAGAUCUUACAGCAGGGGUCCGAGCAGUAUCUAUUGAUACUGGAAUAAGCACUAACAUUGACAAAUUAUUGAUCCAGCUAUAAUGAAAAAAGUAAUAACGCUUUGUACAAUAUUACUAUUAUCCAGUCUUGGAUAUAGCAAACCUAAUGCGAAAUGGUGGCAAUCAAUGUCACUUUAUCAAAUUUAUCCCAAAAGCUUCAAAGACAGCGACGGGGAUGGUACAGGAGAUCUUAAGGGUAUCAGGAGCAAGCUAGACCAUCUCAUCAGGUCGAAUGUUAAUGCUUUUUGGUUAUCUCCGAUUUAUCCCAGCCCGAUGGUCGACUCCGGAUAUGACAUUUCCGAUUUUGUCAGCAUCGACGAAACUUUCGGCACUAUGGAGGAUUUUGAGGCGCUCACGAAGGCUGCUCAUGACGCGUCUUUAAAAAUUAUUCUGGACUUUGUUCCUAAUCAUUCCUCGGAUCAGCACGAAUGGUUCCAAAAGAGUUUAAAAAGUAUCGAACCCUACACCGACUAUUACGUAUGGCAUAAAGGCAAGGUGUUACCCAACGGAACGGUUACGAAGCCGAAUAAUUGGAUGAGCGUGUUCGGCAAAUCAGCAUGGACCUGGCGUGAAGAACGACAAGCGUAUUAUUUUCAUCAAUUCGCACCGGAGCAACCCGACCUCAACUAUGAGAACGAGAACGUAGUGCGCGCAAUGAAGGACGUCCUGAGAUUUUGGCUCGACAAGGGGGUGGACGGAUUCCGGGUGGACGCGGUGCCACAUCUGUGCGAGGACGUCAGAUUUUUGGAUGAGCCACUCACGGGUAAUCCAAAUCCCGAUGAUUACGGUUAUACGGAUAAGAUAUACACCAAGGAUCAACCGCGCACCUACGAGAUGGUCAAAGGAUGGCGAGAAGUAAUGGACGAGUAUCCGGAUGAAAGAAUCAUAAUGAUGGAAGCUUACGCGAACAUGACGAUGACGAUUAAAUAUUAUGUAUACGGGGCACACUUUCCCUUUAAUUUUGGUCUGAUCACCGACACAGAUCAAGAUUCUACAGCGGCCGAUUUUAAGAACGUGAUCGAUAGAUGGAUGCUAAACAUGCCUUUUGUGCAGGGUACGGCUAACUGGGUGGCUGGGAAUCACGACAAAUCCAGAUUAGUGACACGUUACGGACAGGAACGAGCGCAGGCGGUAACUGUGCUAACUCUACUGCUUCCGGGCGUAAGUGUGACUUACAACGGUGAAGAAAUUGGCAUGGAGGAUACGUGGAUGUCGUGGCAAGAUACUAAAGAUCCGCAAGGUUGUAAUGCCGGUAAAGAAAAUUACGAGAAAGCAUCCCGGGAUCCUGCCAGGACGCCAUUCCAGUGGGACAAUACCACUUCAGCUGGAUUCUCUACGAAUCCGAAAACGUGGUUACCGGUAAACAAAAACUAUGUGACACUUAAUUUGGCCGCGCAAAAAAGACAGGACAACUCCUAUUACGCUCUAUAUGAAGCGGUUUCUGCUCUACGAAUAUUGCCGGCUGUUAAACAAGGAACCUUGACCACAAACUUAUUAAACAAUGAUGUUCUUUUCUUUGCCAGAAAAACUGAUAAAGAUGUGGUUUAUGUAGUGGUGAACUUUGGAAAUAAAGAAGAGACUGUCGACUUAUCGAGACUCAUUCAGCCAACCAAUCGAUUGAACGCUUACUAUGCCACUACGAAUGCUCGUCAUUUAAUCGGGACUAUCACCGAAGAUGUUCACACCUUGAAAAUCCCUGCAUCAGCAGCUGUGAUAUAUUUUAAUAUAUAGUUAUGUAAAGCCGUGCGAAAAGCUAUGGAAACGAACGAGAGGCACCGUAUUUUCAAUGUUAUUUCCAUAAUUCUCUAGGCAAAGAGGAGAGAUUAUUCAGUCGUUGGAAUGAUUCUACUCUGCAUCUACCAUCUUGCUUUAUUGCUUCGAUGUAUAUGUACAUAAUAUCGCUCUUAUUUAUUCACGCUUUACCUAUUUGAUCAACUGAAUUUAUCUGCAAGAUACAAAACUACGUUCAUAGAUAAACGGAAUAGAUAAUGGCUCAGCUAAUGGUAAAAUAUUAUGUUAGAAAAAGCAAUAGAUGAAAUGUUGAAAAGUAAAACAUAGUAAUAAUAAAUUUUGUCAAUAAUUCGCCCCUGUAAUCAUUACAUUUGUAAAUAUUAAAUUUUCAAUGAAUGUAAAAACUGAAAAAAGCAAAUAAAAAUUUUAAAAAG